CGGGGCUUGGGAACACACUGCUUUCCCCGUGUCUGUGGAUUCUCGGGGUAUUCAGUUUUUUCUUCCCCUGUCGGCUAUCAGCUGCUUUGGAGAUUAGUUUCAUAGUAAGGAUUCUUUCUUUCAAGCAAUAUGAAGCGACUACUUUCACAGGGGCACCAGCCAACAUGUCUCUGAAAGAUGAGCCAAGAGUAAAUACCUCUGCACUGCAGAAAAUUGCUGCUGACAUGAGUAAUUUGAUAGAAAAUCUGGACACGCGGGAGCUCCACUUUGAGGGAGAGGAGGUGGACUACGAAGUGUCUCCCAGCGAUCCCAGGAUACGGGAAGUGUAUAUCCCUUUCUCUGCUAUUUAUAAGACUCAAGGAUUUAAGGAGCCUAAUACACAGACGUAUCUUUCCGGCUGUCCAAUAAAAGUUCAAGUUCUGGAAGUGGAGCGCUUAACAUCUACAAAAAGGGUACCAAGCAUCAAUCUUUACACUAUUGAAUUAACACAUGGGGAAUUUAAAUGGCAAGUUAAGAGGAAGUUCAAGCACUUCCAAGAAUUUCACAGAGAGCUGCUCAAGUACAAAGCCUUUAUCCGAAUCCCCAUUCCCACCAGAAGACACACAUUUAGAAGACAGAAUGUCAAAGAAGAGCCUCGAGAGAUGCCAAGUUUGCCCCGUUCAUCUGAAAACAUGAUCCGAGAAGAACAGUUGUUUGGUAGAAGGAAACAGCUAGAGGAUUACUUGACAAAAUUACUAAAAAUGCCCAUGUAUAGAAACUAUCAUGCAACAACAGAAUUCCUUGAUAUAAGCCAGCUGUCCUUCAUCCAUGAUUUGGGACCAAAGGGCAUAGAAGGUAUGAUAAUGAAAAGAUCCGGUGGACACAGAAUACCAGGCUUGAACUGCUGUGGUCAGGGAAGGGCCUGCUACCGGUGGUCCAAAAGGUGGUUGAUAGUAAAAGAUUCCUUUUUACUAUAUAUGAAACCAGACAGUGGUGCUAUUGCCUUCGUACUGCUGGUAGAUAAAGAAUUCAGAGUUAAGGUGGGAAAGAAGGAGACGGAGACAAAAUAUGGACUCCGAAUUGAUAAUCUUUCAAGGACACUGAUUUUAAAAUGCAACAGCUAUAGACAUGCUCGGUGGUGGGGAGGGGCUAUAGAAGAAUUCAUCCAUAAACAUGGCCCCAACUUUCUCAAAGAUCAUCGAUUUGGGUCUUAUGCUGCUAUCCAAGAGAACACUUUAGCUAAAUGGUAUGUUAAUGCCAAAGGAUAUUUUGAAGAUGUGGCAAAUGCAAUGGAAGAGGCCAAAGAAGAGAUUUUUAUCACAGAUUGGUGGUUGAGUCCAGAAAUCUUCCUGAAACGUCCGGUGGUUGAAGGAAAUCGUUGGAGGUUGGACUGCAUUCUUAAGCGAAAAGCACAACAGGGGGUGCAUAUCUUCAUUAUGCUCUACAAAGAGGUGGAACUUGCUCUUGGAAUCAAUAGUGAAUACAGCAAGAGGACUUUGAUGCAUCUACACCCCAACAUAAAGGUGAUGAGGCACCCAGAUCAUGUGUCAUCCAGUGUAUAUCUGUGGGCUCAUCACGAGAAACUCAUCAUCAUCGACCAGUCGGUUGCCUUUGUGGGUGGGAUUGACCUGGCCUAUGGAAGGUGGGAUGACAACGAACACAGACUCACGGACGUGGGCAGCGUGAAGCGCGUCAUCGGGGCACCUUCUCUGGUUUCCCUCACAGCUGAAACAACAGAGUCUAUGGAAUCCUUAUGCCUCAAAGAUAAAAACGAAUCUAACAAAAAUCUGCCUGUCCUGAAGACUGUUGAUGAUGCAGAUUCAAAACUGAAAGGAAUAGGAAAGCCCAGAAAGUUCUCCAGAUUCAGCCUCUACAGGCAGCUGCACAGACACCACCUACGCAGCACAGACAGCAUCAGCAGCAUUGACAGCGCCUCCAGUGAUUGUAAUCACUGUAGGAGUCGUCAGAAUUUAAUCCAUGGUUUAAAGCCCCACUUGAAAUUCUUUCGCUCUUCCAGUGAGUCUGAGCAGGGGCUCACUAGACGUAACGUUGACACGGGCUCCAUCCAAAGUUUGCAGACGGGUGUGGGAGAGCUACAUGGGGAAACCAGAUUCUGGCAUGGAAAGGACUACUGCAAUUUUGUCUUCAAAGAUUGGGUUCAACUUGAUAAACCUUUUGCAGAUUUCAUUGACAGGCACUCCACCCCCCGGAUGCCAUGGCAUGACAUCGCCUCUGUAGUCCACGGGAAGGCUGCUCGCGACGUGGCCCGUCACUUCAUCCAGCGCUGGAACUUCACGAAGAUUAUGAAACCAAAAUAUCGGUCCCUUUCUUAUCCUUUUCUGCUUCCAAAAUCUCAAACAACAGCCCAUGAGUUGAAACACCAAGUGCCUGGGUCUGUCCAUGCUAAUGUACAGUUGCUCCGUUCUGCUGCUGAUUGGUCUGCUGGUAUAAAGUACCAUGAAGAGUCCAUCCACGCUGCUUACGUCUAUGUGAUAGAGAACAGCAAGCACUAUAUCUAUAUAGAAAACCAGUUUUUCAUAAGCUGCUCUGAUGACAAAGUUGUGUUCAACAAGGUUGGCGAUGCCAUUGCUCAGAGGAUACUGAAAGCUCACAGGGAAAGCCAGAGAUACCGGGUUUAUGUUGUGAUACCACUUCUGCCAGGUUUUGAAGGAGACAUUUCAACCGGUGGAGGAAAUGCUCUACAGGCAAUAAUGCACUUCAACUACAGAACCAUGUGCAGAGGAGAAAAUUCCAUCCUUGGACAAUUAAAAGCAGAGAUCGGCAAUCAGUGGAUAAAUUACAUAUCCUUCUGUGGUCUUAGAACACACGCAGAGCUUGAAGGAAACCUAGUCACUGAGCUUGUCUAUGUCCACAGCAAGUUGCUAAUUGCUGAUGACAACACUGUUAUUAUUGGCUCUGCCAACAUAAACGACCGAAGCAUGCUGGGAAAACGGGACAGUGAAAUGGCUGUCAUUGUGCAGGACACGGAGACGGUCCCUUCAGUAAUGGAUGGAAAAGAGUACCAAGCUGGCCACUUCGCCCUAGGACUUCGGCUGCAGUGCUUUCGGGUUGUCCUCGGCUAUCUUUCUGGCCCUAGUGAAGACAUUCAGGAUCCAGUGAGUGACAAAUUCUUCAAGGAGGUGUGGGUUUCAACGGCAGCUCGAAAUGCUACAAUUUAUGAUAAGGUGUUCCGGUGCCUUCCCAAUGAUGAAGUACACAAUUUAAUUCAGCUGAGAGACUUUAUAAGCAAGCCCAUCUUAGCAAAGGAAGAUCCCAUUAGAGCUGAGGAAGAACUGAAAAAGAUCCGUGGGUUCUUGGUACAAUUUCCCUUUUAUUUCCUGUCUGAAGAAAACCUACUGCCUUCUGUUGGAACUAAAGAAGCCAUGGUGCCCACCGAGGUUUGGACUUAAGAGUCAUACUUGUUUGCAACUCAAAGACUUCCACCCUGAAGAGUACAUGUCACACAGUGACUUUCUGGAGACCUAACAGCCAUAGCCAGACCCAGUGCACUCUUGUAUCCAACACUUGGACCCUUUGGGUUGGCUGGGAAGGGCUGUAGUCAUACUGAUAUAAGGACAGUGAAAAUCAGCAGGGCUUUAUAAUUCCUCCUGCCUGUCCCUGUGAAAAAAGGACUGUAUUCGUAGGUAGCAUAUACCCAACAGCUUAAACACAUACUAAAAUUCCAUGAUGUAUACCAAACUGCAUUUUCUUUGCUAACAAGAAUUUACCUGUCACUGUGAUCUACUUUGCCAAAAGUUGUCUGAACCUCCUUAUUUUUCUCUGACCCUCACUUAUGCAAUUGAUGUCUGCUGGACCUGCCUUCCUCUCAUAGUCCAUACAGGCUCUGUUUGAGGUAUUGUCUAUUGCUAGAAGAUGUUGUGAUGCUGCUUCAAGGUUAUUUAAGGUUACAUGGGUUGCUCCUGCCCCUGCCCUUCUGGCCCCGGAGUAGUCGUGUGCACCCAACCAAGGAUGUGGUCCUUAUUCCUUUCCAGUGACUGAAAGGACAGGACAGACCUUAGUCUACACAGCAGCCCAUGUUAGGCACUUCUGACAACAUUGACAGCAUGUAUGUUGACACCACAGAUCAACAGGAAGGAAUUAAAUUCGGUUAUUAAGGCAGAGAUUUCACUUUGCAUCCAAAGGCAUUGAUAAGAUGUGUCCUUUUGAUAGGGCCCACCCUAUCAGAUUUGAAAACGUGUAGGAUAUUUGAUUACACAGCAACCGAUAAAACUCAAAGACACAGCAUGCAGCCUUCAGCAAUCUUCAACGUUUUGGUGGGAAUCUGAUCCAGAUAAGAAAAGAAGAUUUCUUAUAGGCCUGUAAAAUUUCCUGUCAUCCUUAGCUGCUGGAUUGAUUGAAAUUUGAGUUUCUACAUUUCAAAGUCAAACCAGUGAAUACAGCUUGUCUUUCAAGAGAAUCAGGGGCUUCAUAACUCAUGCCAAGUUAAUGAGUAUGAGCCUUAUUUGACAUUCAGCUCGCCAGCUAUGUUACCUUCUUUAAGAAAAACUGUUUGCAAAAUGCAUACAACUUCACUUGCGUUAUUAAAUAUACAUUAACAUUCCACCAGGGUUCCAAAGAGGUUAGGAUUAUUUUUUAAUUCACAUUAUCCUAGACUGUGAAUUGUUCUGGAAACCCAUUUCUCCUUUUUGGAUGUUAGUGUACAUACCCUUUGGUACCCCAUAGCUCUAAAUUUUUUUUUUUUUUUUUUUUGCGGUACGCGGGCCUCUCACUGUUGUGUCCUCUCCCGUUGCGGAGCACAGGCUCCGGACACGCAGGCUCAGCGGCCAUGGCUCACGGGCCCAGCCGCUCCGCAGCCUGUGGGAUCUUCCCGGACCGGGGCACGAACCUGUGUCCCCUGCAUCGGCAGGCGGACUCUCAACCACUGUGCCACCAGGGAGGCCCCCACCAUAGCUCUAAUUUUAUUAAGCAGAACUAUUCUUACAACCUAAAGAACUAAUGUGGGUUCCCAACGGGCCUGAGGCCAUAAAACAUGGUGUAGGUGCAAUGAUUACACCUCUAUGGAUUACCUGGACAGACUCUCAUCCAAAGGAGUAAGGACCCAAUCCCUAUUUUCCUAGAACUGAUAGUCCAGUGGAAAAGGUUAAACAGGAGCACAAAGUCUGUGAACUAGGUUAGUAGGAGAGAGACAGUGUCAUACCCAGGAGGGUUUUACAAAUGAGGUGGAACUAUGCAACCAACAAUGGAAAUGAAUAUGCUUUUAUGGUGGCUGAAGAUAGUAAAAUGACUUCAUUCUAUAGCAGUUGUAAAUAAGACAUUUGCUAUUUAUGAAGUUUAGAUUGGCAUUUAAAGUGUUGAGUGUAUGUGGAAUACCUAAGGAAUUUUCAUGUUUUCUUUUUAAAUUUUUAAAAAAUGUAGAACAGUCAACAAACUGGCUCUUGAAAGGGCCCUUUCUCUUAAAAAAAAAAGUCACUUAAUCCAACCUCUGCCCAUUUUAUAGCUGAGGAAACUGAGACCCAGGUUAAUUGAAGGACUCACUGAAGUUUACCCAUUAGGACCAGUGACAUCGUUGGUCCAUUACUGGCCUCUCCUUUCACUCAUCACAGCCCCAAAAGGAGGAGAUGCAGUAGAUUUCAGACAGGAUGUCUCUAAGCUAUUUUGAACCCUGUGAUAUUAUGUAUUUAUGUGCUUGUCUGUCUCCCCCUACUAGAAUGUAAGCUCCAUGGGGCAGGGACUUUCCUGUGUUUUGUUCUUAGUGUAUCCCCCAAGCCUGAAACGGUGCCUGGCUCAUAGGAGGUGCUCAGUACGUGUUUGUCGGAUGAAUAAAGGAGGUGGAGGAGACAGCUAAUGAAAUGAAAAACUUACGGAGUCUCAGACAAGAAAUCUUCCUGCUGUUGCUAAAGAAACUGUUAGCAAGUUUCUUUUCUACUGCAUCCUCUUAAAGGCAAGAUGCUCAUCUGCAAAGAGAGGGGCUGCAAGAUUUAUUUGGGUGGAUUUUAUGGAAAAUACAGUGCCAUAAUUGCCUGCUUUGCAGUAGCAGUUUACAUAGUGCAGCAUUCUGCAAAAAUUGCAUGGGACACAGGAUUGCCGUGGACACAGGAUAUACCAUAUGGCCUAAUUACCCAUCAUUCUCUGACACCAUUACUACCUAAUAGAAGUUCAGAUAAUUUAUCUUUAAAAUCGCAAUGUCUGAUAUAAACAUUAAAAUGCAAGAGAUUCAGUCUUGAAAAGCUAUUUUGAAUCUGUUCAGCAUUUUAAAUUGACUAUAAUCUUUUGAAAUGCCUGUAAGUGCUAUACCUGACACUCUGAUAAUCUCUGUAAUAAUUUUUGCUUUCUAGAAGGAAAAAUUCUAUGAUUAUAAGAAGUGAAGGGUAGAAAGUGGUCAUGGCCUUUUAAAGCUAUUCAGAUUGGCCAAGCUUAGUGGUUGGAGGAUACUAAACACAGCAGGUCGGGUUCAGGCAUUUGCUCUGGAGCAAGUGUCCACUCAGGGACUCACCCUUCAGUGGGAUGGCCUUCAUUCUCAGCUGUAAUGCAUCACAGAGAGCUGGUCAUUAGAUAACUGAGUGACAUAUUGUAAAACAAAACAUUGGUUAUAUUUUAAUAGCAUGUUUGGAAGAAAAUUUUGUCUCUAGGUAGUCAAAACCAGAAGCAGUUAAUCUCUUAUGUAAUAACUUGGGAAAUUGUAACAUAUCGUGAAUUAACAUUCUUCCAGGUGAAGGCAGUAAGCCAGGAAGUCUUUUUGCAGAUAUAAGACGACAGGCAGAACAGAUUUUAUAUACAUCAUGGAGAUCCUGCACGUCUUUCUGUCCCUCCCCAUUCCUUAUUCCUUCAACCUCUUUCCCCAACCAGAGCCCUUCCGUAUUAUGGAAACCAUUUUAGAGGACAAGAAAAAGUUCUGGGAAAAAACAACAUUAGGCAUCUAAAAUAAAUCUUCAGUUUAACUCACACUUUUAAGUGAUUGAGAAAAUAUUAUCAUUUUUUAACAGAGGUGGUGGUUCUUUUUAGCAUCUCUGAUCUGAUGUGGCACUGGAGCAUUUUCAGAUGCCGGUCACCCUCUGGAGAGGGGCUAAAGAGGGCCCUUCAUGUCUUCUCAUCCCUCUCAAUUCUCCCAUGUAUGAAAAGUGAGCAAACGCUAAAGGAUUUUCGGUGUGCUUAGGAAUACAAUUUUAUUUCCUUAGAAGAUCCUCUGAAGUCAAUUACUACUGGCAACUUGGAGGUUUAAAAUGGGUUUUACCAGGCAUAGGCCUUGAGAAAUUCUUGAAUCUAGAAAUUCACUGGAAAAGGAAUUCAUCGCCCUCUAUCCAAAAGUUGCAGGUGAAGAAUCGAUGGAUUCGCAUUAUGUUUAGGGGGAGGCAGAUGCCACAAUAUGAUUCCUAGUGGCAUUUAAUUCACAUGUGAUAUAUUAUUGGCUUUGACUGCAGAGUGGAAGGAUUCAUUAAGGGAAACAAAAAUUCUUCGGCUUAAUAUAUUAUAGGUUAUUUUCUUUUUUCCUUUAUACCAGUAUUAAAUUUUAACUUAAAAAGUAAUCAAAGUAAGAUAAAUGGAAAUUUGUCACACUAAUCAUUUUAAACUUUUAAGUUUUAAAAUCAGAGACUAGGAUUGCAAUCCAACCAAAAGGCAGACUUAAUUACUCUUUCCUAUUCCCUAGCAGCUCUAGUUGUUUGCUUUAUUCUAGAUAAAUGCACUUAAGUGAAUGUUGUACUAGCUCUGCUCAGCACUAGGAAAUGUAACAUCAUGCUCUCCUAAUGUAUAUUCCACUUGGAUUCUUCCCAUAAAAUUGUCUGAGUCAAAGGUACUGAUAUUCUCCUCAGCCAUUCUAAAAAUUCAUACCAAAGUAUUGCAGUUGGAGCACAUGUCUCUGAUGCAAAAACCAGAUACUUGCUGGUGAACAUCCAUCCAUUCAGAAUAUUCAGAUAUUCUGGACAGAGCUCAGGCCCUAGCCUCACCCUUAUGGCAGGCUUUGGCAAACUAAGGCUGGGCCUCCUGUUUUUGUAAAUAAAGUUUUAUUUGAAUGUAGCCAUGUCCAUUUGUUUACAUGCCUCAUGACCGAAUGAGCUGCAAAUCUGAGAAUACUUGCCGUCCUUAAGAAACGUUUACUGAUCCUCCCUCUAGAGAGAGCAAAGAAUAUCCAAUUACGGUGCCUCAACCAAACAGGUUUGGGUGAGUUCUAAUCUCUUCCAUAAGCAAGGUUUUCAACUCUCCCUAUCCCAGAGCCCAGCAUUCUACAAUAGAUUUAUUCUAACAAGGUCAAGUCCUUUCAAGAAUGAAAAAUCACGUUUUUUUGUUCUGAAAGAGUUUUUGUCAACUAAAGCAAUCUUCUCCCAGCUGAGCACUCAUAUGGAAGCGUGGUUGAUAAUGUUUGUAACUAAAGUGUUAAAUGAGGACAGAUAGACCUAACGAUUUGUAUUCAGAAUGACAAUUGUGAACUCAAGAAACUCAGUCUCCCUGGAUUUUCCUUCUGGGAAGACUUGGAAAUGAUACGUGUAUCCAUUUUCUAUGCCUCACAGUCAAUGCUUUUGAUGCCAAGUCCCUUAACUGCUUUUUUUAAUGUAAAUAUUCAUUAAUUAAACAAUUAAAAGUGUGCAA